CAAGAGGGGAGGCCCAACAUGAAGGACCUGCAGAAGACACUCCUGAAGAGACAGAACUCAUAGAAGAACCAACGCAAGAAGCAGGACUUGUAGAAGAAACUCCUGAAGAGACAGAACUCAUAGAAGAUCCAAUGCAAGAAGCAGGACUUGAAGAAGUAGUCGACCCAACAGGAGGGGAUGCCCAACAAGAAGGACCUGCAGAAGAAACUCCUGAAGGGACAGAACUCAUAGAAGACCCAAUGCAAGAAGCAGGACUUGAAGAAGUAGUCGACCCUACAGGAGGGAAGGCCCAACAUGAAGGACCUGCAGAAGCGACUCCUGAAGGGACAGAACUCAUAGAAGACCCAACGCAAGAAGCAGGACUUGAAGAAGUAGAAGUAGUAGACCCUACAGGAGGGGAUGCCCAACAAGAAGGACCUGCAGAAGAAACUCCUGAAGAGACAGAACUCAUAGAAGAACCAACGCAAGAAGUAGGACUUGAAGAAGUAGGACUUGAAGAAGUAGAAGUAGUCGACCCAACAGGAGGGGAUGCCCAACAUCGAGGACCUGCAGAAGAAACUCCUGAAGAGACAGAACUCAUAGAAGAACCAAUGCAAGAAGCAGGACUUGUUGCAGGUACACCUGAAGAGACCAAACCGUCCAAAGAACCAGUGCAAGGACUUGUAGAAGCUGCAGAAGAGAUGGAAACUACAGAAGGAACCGCACACGAAGCAGAACCUGCAGAAGAAGUUGUGUUAGUCCCAGAAGAAGAUGAGGGUGUCUCCCCAGAUGUUCCAAAGGAAAUCAUAACGGUCAUAUCUGACUCUGUGGCUGAAAUCACCCCAGAAACGGUUGUCCAAGUCGCUGCGGAGACAACGCAACAUGCGGCGGCGGCCACAACCAAGUACGUGUUGGAGUACAACAACGGAAACUUCCCCGAUCUAACCAAGACGCCUUUUGAAGCAGAUGACAACCUACUCGGAAACAACGACUUUGGGUUGGACGACCAGAACUCG